AUGGAAUAUUCCUUAUUAUUUGAUUGUCUCAAAUAGGCAUCAGAAUUGAUUAGGCAAUUUAUUAUUGAUAGCAUUUAAAGUUUUCAAUAAAAACUAAAAUUAAAAUACUAAAUGGGUUCGACAUGUAUCAAAAUUUAAAUUACAACUGAUGAUUUAAUCUUAAGUUAAGAAAGUGCUCAAGAAAUUCACAUGAAUAUCUAAUAAUCAAAAGAACAAAAAAAAACUGAAGAUUUAUCUAUAUUUUCAGAUGAUGAAAUUUAAUUCACAAGUCAUUCAUUUGAAGAAAUCAAAGUUGAUUAAAUAUAAUCAAAUAACUCUAAGAUCAAAUAAAUAGAUUAGAGUUUAAAAAUUAAAAGCAUACUUAAAACAUCUAGUCACUCUCAAAUUGUACAAUCUCCCAACAUUAGAAAAUCAGUCAGUUUUUGUUUCAUCAAUCCAGACCAAUAUAAACAAAUGAUAAAUUGCAAAUCAAACAUCAGUCAAGCUCAACAAGAAUUCUUAAAUACUCUCUAUGCAUCUUAAUGA